GCUCAGUUAGCAUAUUUGGAUGAUCCAUCGUCCUGUAGGAGUAGAGACAUCGUUGAAAAGUUUUCAGAGCUACUUUUCUCUUUAUCUUGACUCUUGGAUGUUUGUAAAAUGUCCGGGAUUCAGGAUCUUUCAGUUUUUCCUGUGGAAUCUCAGCAGCUUUCAGUGAGAGAAGAAGAGGUUUCCCCUGAGCUGCAGGAGAGAAGCCUUUAUCUGAACCAAGAGAUUACUGUGCCUCUCCACGUUAAAGAGGAGCCAGGGGAACUGUGGUGUGACAGUAAGGGGGAAAAUAUCAUCAAGUUCACUUUUGUUCCUGUCCCUGUCAAGAUUGAAGAAAAUGAAGAGAUACCUCAGUCCUCACAACUUUAUCAAAGACAAACUGGUGAGCUGGAAAGAGGAGCUGAUGAAGAGGACUGUGGAAGACCUGGAGCAGCCAGGUGCUAUGAUCCAGAGAAAGACUUACAACCAGAGACUGGGGUCAAAACUGAAGACUCUUCUGAGGCUGAGACUGAUGACAGUGCCGACUGGGGGGAGACACCAGACCACCAGUGUUAUUUAAACUCGAGGGAAAAUGUAACUGAAAGAAAAAAGACUGAUAAGAAAUCACAUUGCUGUCCUGAGUGUGGUAAGAGUUUUAACUACAGAAGCCAUCUCAUAGAUCAUAUGAGAACUCACACAGGGGAGAAACCCUUUGGCUGUUCUGUGUGUGGCAAAAGCUUCAAAUUCAAAGAAGAUGUAAAAAGACAUAUGAGAAUUCACACAGGAGAGAAACCCUUCAGCUGCUCUGAGUGUGGCAAAAGGUUUAACCAAAAACAACACGUAAGAGUCCAUAUGAAAGUUCACUCAGGAUCUUUUGGUUGCCCUGAAAUUUCAGGGAUAUUUCUCAAUACCAAAGAAACGUUUUUUCACUCUGAACAGAGAUCCUUUGGAUGCACUGAGUGUGGUAAAGAGUUUAUCCAAAUAAGUGAUUUGACCAAACACAUGAGAACUCAUACUGGAGAGAAACCCUUUGACUGCUCAGAGUGUGGUAAAAGAUUUACUCUUAAACACCAUUUGCAGAACCAUAUGAGAACUCACACAGGAGAGAAACCCUUCAACUGCUCUGAAUGUGGCCAAAGAUUUUCCCUACAGGGUUCUUUGACCAGACAUAUGUUACUCCACCUUCGACAGAGGAGAGUGUUAUAGUGUUAAAAGAUUCUCUGAAAGUAAUAUUUAGCACUUGACAGAGCUUCAAAACCACAUCAGCUACCCUGUCUUUGACCAAAGGUUUCCUUAGCUAUACCAAUACAGCACAAGUGUGGUGAUGGUCAGGCUUCAGAAGCUCUAUAAAACCAAAAUGAAGAAAGUGUCCGAAACAAAAUCUGAUGAAGAGGACUGUGGAGGAUCAGAACCAGUCAGAAAAUUUGAUACAGAAAAACAAACAGGGAGUGGGCAUUUUGGAUUGGAGUGGAGGAGAAGUACCCACUGCUGGCCACGAGAGCCCUGGAAACACUUUCCCCUUUUGCAACAUCCUACCUGUGUGAGAUCUGCUUUCAUUCAAGACAAAAUCCAGAUUAAACUGGACAUUGAAAAUGAACUGAGAGUGGCAGUCUCACAACUGAACACAAGACUUGAGAAGAUCUGUAGGAAUAAACAAGUCCUAGUUUAAAUCUUCAGAGGUGUUCACAAAGUUUAAUUUUCAGGGAAUCGUCCAUCUUCACAGAGCUGGAAUUUUAAAAACUUGGUUAGAGGCUAUGAAUUUUGUUACUUCUACAAAAUGUUGAGUUUUUAAGUUGCAGUUAUGUCUUGCUGGGGGGGCUGGGGCUUGAAAUAUUUCCAUCUGCUGAAGGGAGGCCCUGCAGAAAAGGUUUCAGAACCACUGGUUGAGAGAAAGAGAUGUUUCAGCCAAGUUUUCCAAGCCUUUAGCCAGAUUCUGGAUAUGUUUGAUGAUGGCCUUUUGAACAUUGAAUGUCUGUUUUCACUCAUAUCACUGGGUAGGAAAUCUCCCAGAUCUGAGAGAUGUAGUAAUACCUGAGCUUCUAUGCCUUGGUUUAACACAAACCCACCAGAGUUUUAGAACUGUGUGAAAUGGCAAUAGUUUUAUUGGUGCAUUGAAGAAAUGGCUCCUUUGGGCCACUGUGUGCAAUAGCUAAUUUGUAAUUUUAAACAAAAAUGUACUAUCUAUACUUAAUGUCUGUGAAAGGUUUGAAGUAAAUAGUGAUCCAAAGUAGUAACUGCAGUGGUUGUAGUAUCAAUAAUUAACCUGGAACAUAGCA